AUGUCGACAUGGGGCGUCGGCGACAAUCACGACUCUGAAGAGGUCCGUCUUUUGAAGGACCAACUACGCAUUAAAGAUGCUGCGAACGCUACACUACAAAGUCAAAUCUUGAAGAGGGAGGCAGAGCUAAAGGAGGUGAAGGUCUCCAUGAACGAAGUGCUCGUCAAGCUACGCAAAGAUGCCGAUCGCGUCGUCCAACUCGAAGCUGAUCUCAAACGACGCAAUGAAGACCUAUCCAACGAACGAAUAACGCGGGCCAACGCAGAGGCCGCCCUAACCACCGCAGAACGAAAGCUCAAGGAAUCGGAGCAGAAUGCCCUCGAGCUCCAGUCCACCAUCGAAACCCUCUCUUGCCAAGCAAACUCGACGUCAUUAGGACGCUCGAAGCUUGAGCAGGACAACACGGCGCUCCAGAACCGCGUCCGUGCAUUGGAGCGGGAACUCUCGAGCAAGUCGCAGGCGGAGGUGGCUGCGCUCAGCCGAAGUCAAGGCCCAUCGGGUGCCAGAAGCCGACGCCCGUCCCCAACCGAGGACUCAUUCCGGAUACCCGCGCUGGAGAAGGAGGUCGCCGAGCUACGUGCUACUUCCACGCAGCGCGCGUCGGAACUUGAGCGUACGACGGAGCAGCUGGCACGCGCACGCGACCAGCUCGUACAGCUGCAGAACGAGAGGACGGCCUCCGAACGGCAGCUACGCAGACAACUCGAGGCAGCACAGGCUGCGCUUGAGGAGCGCGAAGACGAGCUUCAGCUACUACAGGAUGCUCGCGGUGGGGAGGACAUUGCGGCAAGGGAGGCUGGUCUGUUGGAGCGCCUGGAGGAGGAAGAGAAGAGGGUUGCCGCAUUGGAGGCAGAGCUCGCUCGGUCUACGGGAAGUCGGAAGCGCGAUAUGGUUAUGCUUCAAGGCGAGCUGUAUCGCACUCUGCAGUUGCUGGACGACGCCAAUCAAAAGCUCGCGGCGGCAGAGGGUAAGCUCAACCAACUGUCAAGAGACCGGGAGGCGGCAUACCGCGAUCGUGAUCGCCUCCAGCGCGAACGCGAUCAACUGUCGGAAAGUAUGCAUGAGGCCGGCAUGAGGAUCAGUCAUCUUGAGCUGCAGCUUUCUGCUUCUUCGAGGGGAUCCGCCGCGGAGCAAGCCGUCGACGAAGAAACCGCUGCGACUGUAGAACGCCUGCUCAACAAGAUCGAACGGCUUCGCGGGGAACGGGAUGAUCUCCGACGUGACCUCGAGUUCCUGACUGUCGAGAACAAAUUUGCGGUCCAGUCGUUGGAGGCGAAGCUCGUAGCUGCGACAUCUGCGCCUGUCACGCCUUCCGUCAAUAGCACCCAGAUCUCUCAGCUCUCCUCUCUCGAAGGAUAUAUCCAGCUUCUGGAAGGGCAAGCCGAACGCACGUCACGAGCGACUCUCGCUCUCGCCAUCGUCGCACAACGCACCACGCAACACGAAGAGGCCAAGAUGGCGCGCAUACAGUCACUCGAGGACGACCUCGCGACCACCCGCAAGAGCCUGCAGCAGGCAGAACACUAUCUCCACGAACGCCAAGGUGCCAUCGAGUCGCUCGAGAACCAGCUCUCCUCAAGCACAAGCUCGGUCGGCGAGGCCGAGUCCCACCUCGCUGGGCUCCGCGCCGCGAUGCAGCGCCUCGAAGACGAGCUCGCCCGCGAGCGCAACUCGCACGCUGAGACGGGCGCAGCGCUCUCCGACGCGGAGGCGCAGCUCAAUGCCAUUUCUCAAACCCUCACAGACGCCGAGGCGGCGCGCGACGCGCUCGCGCUCGAGAAGACGCACCUCGAAGCCGACCUCGAGACCGCGAAGCAGGAGCUCGCUAACGCGGAGGAGCGCUACACCGCGCAGCUUGCGGAGCUCGCCGCCGCUGGGGAGUCCGGGCGCGGGACGCAAGUCGCGCUGCGCGCGCAGCUGGGCGAGGCGCAGGACCGUGUGCAGAGAAGGACGCAGCAGAUCGGGGAGCUGCAGCACGAUGUCAAGAGACUGGAGACAAACCUGAAACUGCAGGAGGACAGGAUCACAGAGUUGACGGCGGAGCUGGACGUCGCGCAGGGCGAGCGCGUUGCGAUGCUCGAAGACUGUAGGGCGACGAGGGAGGAGAGGGACGACGCGAUGCGGAGGUGUGAUGAGUUGGAGGAUGCGAUGGAGGGAUUGGAAGAAGCGAGGGAGAGGGAGGUCGAGGCGGUUGUGCGGGUCGCGGUGGGCGCCGUGGCGUCGAGGCGGGAGGCGAUUGUGAGGGCAAGGAAGGCUACCGGCAACGAUCAUGCAGUGUUGGAGGAGCGCGUGCGCCUGGUCGAGCAGGAGAAGGCGGAACUGUCUUCGCUGCUUGCUUCGCUCUCUGCCGAGCGCGAUCAGUUCGCCCAAACCGCCGAGCACGAAGUCUCCUCUGCGCGUGCUGAGCUCGAAGAGACCAAGUCGGCCGCGCAAUCUCAGCUCUCCGAAUUUCGCAACCAGCUCGAGGCGAAGGAUAGGGAGCUUACUUCGCUCCAGAACCAGCUCACCGUCGCUCAGGCCAAACACGAAGAUCGUCAAUCCUUGGAAGCUAGUCUCUUCGCUGAGGAGAAGGCCGACCUCGAGACUCGUCUUCAAGAAGCUCGCGCAUCCCAUGCCGAAUUGGAGAUCCUCCAUCGCGAGACCAUGGACAAGCUGCGCAGUGUCGAGGCAGAUCUCAAGCGUGCUGAAGAGGAGCUCGCAUCCCAGCUUGCCAACAACGCUGCUCAUUCCGAGGCUGAGGAGCGUCUGCGCGAGGAGAUUGCCCAGGUCAAAGAGGGACAUGCGAAGGAGAUUGACUCUCUUGAGGGCCAGAUCAAGAACCUCAACGCAGAGCUCGAGACCUCGUUGCGCCUCCGGGGCGAGGCCGAUGCGUCAAGGCAGGCGGUUGAGGAAGAGCUUGCGAGUACCAAGGAGCAGCUCGCGGCGCGUCUUGCGGAGGCAAGCGAGACCCUCGCUGCCGCAGAACGCUUGGAAGUCGAAUUGGCGCAGGUGAAGGAGAACUAUGAAGAGCGCAUCAGAGGCCUGAAUGCGGAUCUCCAGAGCUUCACUGUCGAGCUUCAAGACGUUGUGCGUCAGAAGGAGGAAAUCGUUAUUCAAUACGAACGAACCAUGAAGGACUCCCGCGCCCACGAGGGAGCGGCUGCUGAGGCUCGCGAGAAGGUCGAAGCUCUCGAAAGCCGACUCGCCGAGCUCAAGGAGACCCAUGAGGAGCUCACUCGUGGUCUGCAAACACAGCUAGACGAUACUCGCAGGGAUCUCGAAGAUGCCAAGAUUUCUGCGGACGCUCAGCAGCGCGACGCUAUCGAUGAGCUCACGCGUACGGUCGGGGAGCUCCAGGGCCGUCUUACUGUUCUCACUCGGGAGGUCGACGAGUGCCGAGCAGAGCUCGACGAGGAGAAAGCUUCGCAUGCUCGUACUCGCGAGUCCACCAUGUCGGAGAUGCGUGAGAUCAUUGCCAUGCGCGACGAGGCUGAAGCUGCUCUCUCCGAGGCCGAGAAGGAGCUGCCAGGCUUGCGCGGACAGCUGGAGUACGCCGAGUCGUCCUUACGCACAAUGGAGGAAGAGAAGGCGAACCUCGAGUAUCAGUCUACCAACCUCGAGGCGGAGGUUCAGCGCGCGAAGUCAUUGCAACGGUUCUUGGAGAGCCAGGUCGCAGAGAGCGAACAUCGUAUUGCUUCCCUCGACGCCGAGUUGACGGAGCUACGUGCCAAGUGCACGACUCUGGACAAGCUCGCUCAAAGCAAAGAGGCUAACCUGGCGAUGCAGACUAUCCAGCACGAGCAAACGGUCGCUUCCCUCAGGCGCGAGCUCAAUGCCCUUCGUAUCCAGCCGAGCUAUGCAGAUGAGCUUGCUGAGCUCAAGGAGAAGAACGCGGAGUAUGAAGAACUUCUCCGGGCUAAGUGCCUGGAGAUUGAGGAGAACGAUGACAAGUUCAUUGACAUGCUCAAGGAAAAGAAGAAGUUGAACAAGAAGAUAGAGACCUUGUCUCAAAAGGUGCAGAACCUACAAGCGAAGUUGAUUGCUGCGACAGAGGCUGCUGCCGCCAGCAAAACGUCCUCCCCGCCACCUCCUGCGCCUCCCCCGAAACCACCGUCAGUUUUCUCACCCUCUACCACCCUUGCCCCUGCGCCGAUCAUUUCCGGAAUAUCUACAAAUUACUCCCGCCCCACGCCGUCAUCCCGCCAACGCGUGGUGACAGCUCCUGCUUCUCGUUUCUCGCCGGAGAAUGUACCUACUCCGCCGAUGCCUGUCUACAGACCGAAGACACCGGAAUCGAGGUUGCGGAUGAUGUCUGGUCCUUCAUCAUUGUCACGCCCCAAGACACCAGAGUCAAAACCUUCGCACAUGCCCGUAUUCAAGGCUCGCACUCCCGAGCGUCACCGCUUACCUAUUACGACUAUGCCGGAAGCACCAUCUUCGUCGACACUCAUCGGGGUUAAGAGACGUGCCCCGGACGACUUUGAUGACUGCGCGAAUGUACCUCCGCAGACGUUCACCGCUGACAGUGCGCCGCUAGGGCUCACUGCUGAAGGGGCAACGCCUCCACAGCCUACCACUCCUCGCCUCCGGAAGGCGCUGCAAAGCAUGAGGUCAGGCUUUACGCCUAUGCGACAGGCUGGCAGCAGAGUUGGUUCUGUAUCUCCUCGACGGGCGACGACGGGUACAAGCCUAGCAGCUUCACUUCCCCAUACCAUAUCAGACGUGACGAACAGCCCUCGGGCAGCGUCGCAACCCGACCCCGCAAAGGUCGCAGCGAAGAAGGGAUGGCUUGGGAAGAUAAAGUCUGCGCCUUCGUCGCAGCCUCGCGCAUUCUCUUCUCGGCAACCGGUCUUUGACCCUCCUGGCAUGCGAUAGUACUCGGGUUAGCGGCUCGCAGCUCUUACGACUCAUGGAACCUUGCAUUUCCUUCGUUCAAUCGCUAUCUGACAUUCAUGUACUACUACGCAUUCUUAUGUUUAUUGCGCAGUCUCGUAGUGUCGUCGUGUUUUCAUUUGCAUGCAUACACUAUAGUUCUCGAGCUAAACAUCCCCAGUCUUUGUUUGGUGGACGACCAGUGCUGAGCUGUUGCAGGCGCAGAUAGUACUCCCUCUAUAUAUGCACCUCAAU